AUUCGUUGGAUAUCACAGCAACGCGCGAAGCGUAUUUGUAGGUUAACCGGCUAAAUAUAAACUAAAUACUGUGAGUAGAGUGUUUUUCAGUCACAUUAGAAAUGGCAAAGGUGAACAUACCAUCAUUCAAACUCAAAAAUGGUCGAGACAUCCCAGCGCUGGGCUAUGGCACGUGGCUUGGACUUAACGAAAAAUUUGAGUUCAUGUCAGAAGACCUCCCAAAGCUGGUGGAAGCGAUGGAAUACGCGGUAGACGUUGGCUACCGGCACAUCGACACCGCGCAUCUGUACAGAGUGGAACCGGAAGUUGGAGAGGUCGUGAGGAAGAAGAUCCAAGAGGGAGUCGUUAAGAGAGAAGAUGUCUUUGUCACCACUAAGGUGUGGAACCACAAUCAUCGCCCGGCAGAUGUGGAGACUGCGGUGAAGGAAUCUCUGGAGCGUUUGGGUUUGGACUACAUUGACUUGGUGCUCAUGCAUUGGCCCAUGUCGAUAUCGGCCGAUGGUGUAGACGAGAAGAUAGACUAUUUGGACACGUGGCGAGGGUUCGAAGCCGUGCUGAGUCAGGGCCUGGUCAAGAGCAUCGGCGUGUCCAACUUUAAUAUCGCCCAGCUGACACGGCUGCUUGCUAAUACUAAAGUUGUACCCGUGAUCAACCAGAUAGAGAUAAACCUGAACCUCGGCCAGAAAGAUCUGGUAGACUUCUGCAAGAAGAACAACAUCCUUGUCGUAGCGUACACGCCGUUCGGGAGCCUCGUCAGAAAUACCCCCAACUGCCCCGCCACCAAAUACGAUGACCCCGUUUUGACCGGCAUUGCUAAGAAACACGGAAAAUCUGUGACACAAAUUAACUUGAGAUAUCUGUUCCAACGCGGCCUCGCCAGUAUACCAAAAUCCAUAACGAAAUCCAGAGUGUUGGAAAACGCAUCGAUAUUCGAUUUCGAGUUGGACGAUGAAGACGUCUCUGCACUGCAAAAACUCGAUAACAAUUUUCGCACAGUUUUGCCAUCGUUUUGGCAGAAUUACGAAAACUAUCCUUUCGAAAAAGUCGAUGGCGAUAUACCUAAACCCCCACUUUCCUUGCAUAAAUGGUAUUGUGUUUCCCAGAGUGACGCCAUGUUGCUGCAAAUUAUAUUAACAACUUUAAUAUUUAAUUCUGUGUGUGCUGAUGAUGGCGGCAAGGCACCAAGGACUAAAUUAAACGAUGGCAACACUAUGCCUGUGAUGGGACUUGGAACCUUCUUGGGAUUCGAUGAGAAAGGUCAGAGAGAAGUUCAAGAAGGCGAAGUCGAACUGCCUGUGGCCUGGGCGCUUCAAGCUGGAUACAGAAUGCUUGACACUGCUUCCGCUUACAAUAACGAAGAGCAGGUUGGCCAAGGAGUCAGGAGGUCAGGAGUCCCGAGGGAGGAUGUGUUCCUGGUUACCAAGCUGGGUCUCCACGAACAAAGGGAUGUACUUGCAGCACUGAAGAGGUCGCUAGCUAGACUCAACAUGACCUACGUGGAUCUAUAUUUGAUACACAACCCUGUCGCUAUCAAGGAAGAUACUGACGAGUUUGACGUAAUAGAUUACGUAGACACAUGGAAAGGUAUGGAAGAAACAAAACGGCUAGGCUUAGCUAAGUCCAUCGGUAUAUCCAACUUUAACAUUAGCCAAAUGGAACGGCUAAUGGCUAACAGUGAAAUUAAACCAGCCGUCUUACAAGUUGAGGUCAACCUUAAUCUGGCACAAAACAAGAUACUGGAAUUCACCAAAGCGCACAACAUAAGUGUGAUGGCAUACACACCGUUUGGAUCGCUGUUCCUCAAGAAUACUAAUGCGCCCCCACCGAGGGUUGACAACCCCAUUCUGGUGGGACUAGGGUUUAAAUACAACAAAACUGUGCCCCAAAUUGCUCUAAGAUAUCUGGUGCAAAAAGGCGUGAUACCGAUUCCGAAGUCUAUUAAAAAGGAAAGGAUCGAGCAAAACAUCGAUAUAUUUGAUUUUGAACUGAGCGAUGAAGACUUCGAUAGACUGAGUGAGUUUAACCAGGACUACAGAACCGUGUGGCCAAGCUUCUGGCAAAAUCACCCAUAUUACCCGUUCGAGAAGAAAGACGUUCCUGAUCCGGACCUCUUCUUAACCGGGCUGCACGAAACAUAAGAACAAUUUUAAUUUACUUUUAAAGUUACUUUUUCAUUUAUAAAUCGUA